AUGGGAAAGAUAAUAUUCUAUGAGGACAGAAACUUCCAUGGUCGUAACUAUGAGACCAGCGGUGACUGCCCUGAGGUGACCUCAUACCUGAGCCGCUGCUGCUCAUGUAGGGUGGAAAGCGGCUGCUUUAUGGUCUAUGAGAGCAUCAACUUCAUAGGUCACCAAAUGCUGGUAAGAAGAGGAGAGUAUCCUGAUAACCAGCGGAUCAUGGGUGCAAGCAUCAGUGACUGCAUCAGAUCUUGCAGAAUGAUUCCUAUGCAUAAAGGAACAUUUAGAAUGAGAAUCUUUGAAGGGGAAAACUUUGUCGGACAAAAGUAUGAGUUGAUGGAUGACUGUGAGUCAAUCCAGGAACGUUUUCACAUGUCCGAUUGCCAGUCCUGCAAUGUCACACAUGGCCACUGGCUUCUGUAUGAACAGCCCAAUUUCGAAGGCAGAGUGAUAUACAUCAGGCCAGGGGAGUACAGCAGCUUUAAUAAUAUGGGUCUAGGCCCAGUGAAAAUUUGUUCCAUCAGACGCAUCAUGGAGUCCUGUUAA